AAUGGGAGGAUUUUUCUUGACUGUGGGCAUGAAAUGAAAGUCCGACAUCGCCACAUGUCCGCCAUAUCUACUACAUCUUCUUUCUAAUAGUGACGUUCAUAUUAUUUUGUGUUAUUUAGCACUGUUGUGUAGAUAUUUGUUGUUUAAUUUAAUUAUUAUUUAGUUUAUAAAAUAGGCGGUGAGUUACAUGUUUGCCCUGCUCGGCGGAAAACACCAUGGAAUCCCCGAGAAAACUAAAUGAUUGCUACUUUUACUACUAUUCUACAUGCAUCAAGGGGGACAACUGUGUAUUCCGGCAUGAGCCAUCGGCCCUGGGUUGCGAGACCAUGUGCACCGCAUGGCAGCAGGGAAAAUGCUUAGACAAAAGGUGCAAACUCCGCCACAUGGAACUUAGGAAAAACCGCAAGCAAAUACCAUGCUACUGGGAGAACCAGCCGGGCGGCUGCCGCAAGAAGCACUGCCCCUUCAUGCACAAGAACCCCGACGCCCGCACCGACGGCAUCGCGCCCAGUCAGCCCGCGCCCCCCGUCUCCCAGCAAUCAACGGCCGCGGCUCCAGCGCCGGCGCCGGUGCCGGCGGUAUCUGAGAGCGCGGCCCUAGUGUCCGCAGUGUCAGCAGUGUCGGCGGUGUCGGCGCAGCCGCCCGUGCCACUGUUGUGGCCGCAGCAACAGAGACAAGUGGUGGUAGACUCAGCCAUCCUGGGCGUGCUGCCGGGCAGUGAGCUGCUGCCGCGCCGCCUGCUGCCGCACGAGCCGCUGCCGCCCGCGCCCUACCCGCUGCCCGUGGACCCGCUCGUCGUCAACUUCGAGGAAGAGUCUGACAAUGAGAGCGCUCUGUCGUCGACGCCGACCAAAACGGUGUCGCCCGAGGAGGCGCAGGGCUGCUGCAAGUCGCAGGAGCUGCUGCUGCUGGAGCGCAUCCAGGCCGAGGCGGCCGCCUUCUACCGCUACGAUGCGGCGCCUGCAGACAGCGACCGCAAGCCGCGCCCCGGCCUCAAGUACGAGCGGCUGUCGCUCGACGAGCUCGCCGGCAAACAGGCGGCCGAGCGCCGCUCCUCGCUCGACUUCAAGGUCCUCUCCCUUGAAGAAAUCAGGGCUCGAAAGAAAUCCGACACCAUCAUACACACCACUCCCAUCACGCUCAACUUGAGUAGCAGAAAGCGAAAAUUGUCCACCCAAGAAACUAUCACCACCUCCGGCAAUAAAAUAAUCAAAGUUGUUAGAAGUAAUUCGAUAGUUUAUAAGAAACUUGAUCAAAAUGCCCCCGCGGCGUCUAGUCAGCCCAGAGCGGAUCAGAAACAAAGUGAAGAAACCGUCAGUAGGAAGAGGACUCUGUCAGAAUUGAGCAUAGACAUUUAUGAUAUACAAGAUGACGAGCUCGAUGAUAGCUGCCACGAAUUCAAGAAAAUUAAAGUGGCGGAACAAACGCAGAAACCUAGGCUCAUUAGAAAUAGGUCGAAGUCUAACAAAGAGAGUAGCGACAACGAGUCCAAAUGUUAUGAGGCUGACAGCACUAGAACCGAUGAUUCUGACUCAGAAGUACAACUAGUUAGUAUAGAAAUCAACGAUAAACAAAUAGAUGUAAGUAGUGAAAUUAUAGAUGUAGAAACUACAAAGUUAGGCGAGCCUAUAGAUAUAGUGGACCUGAGCGACGACGAUGUAGAGGAAAGUGACGUGACUGUGUCAGACUUCAGCAGUGAUUUAGUAAAGAAUGUGCCCGAUGUUGUGGCCAGCUGUCGAAGGAAUGUUAAAGAGAGUACAGAUAAUGUGAUUUGUGAUAUAGAUGCACUUCUAGAUGAAGACUUAUGAUUUAAUAUUAGUGUAGGGUAGUUUAGUGUAGGAUAAAACAAGAUAAUGCGUACAAAGUACUAACAGUUGAUGUCCACAUAAGUCGACAUUACUUAUCUGUGAAACUAAGUAUGGAAGCCACAUUUGGUUCAGACUUGGUUUACUUUUAUAAAUUUGACUUUAAAGUAGGUUUAUAGUCUUUUUUGAUUCUCCUCCACAUGUGGAUGGGAAUUGAAGUCUGAUACAAAAGGAACAAGUUCUUACAUAUUUAUUUUAUUUACUUAUUAAAUAAAAUAUUAAACACAUCAGACAACAAAAUAAUCUUAGAAAAUUGCCAUAAAUCCAGGCCAGGAUCGAAAGAAAUUGCUCAAGUAUAAACUAUGUAGUGAAUAAGUAAAUGCAUUUUUAAAAUGAUUUCUUUUUUUAUUAUAUUCUGGUUCAAAUUUAUGAUCUUUCUCAUACGGAUUGUUCAAGCAAUUUAUGUUGUGUAAUCGGCCUGUAGUUUAUAGCUGUAGAAAGGAAUUAUUUACAUAUGCUAGAAUAGCAUAUCAAGUUUCUUUAAUUCUCAUUGUCUUCGAAAUCCAUGGUGGGGAUGGUAGGUCAUCUUGUGUGUGACAGUCUGUGUGGUGUGACAGUGAGUCGGCUCCUCAUUACAGUUUGUCGUUUUAAAUUCUUUGACAGAAGAGUGCGAGCUAGGUACAUAAAAGAUUAGAAAUGCAUGCGAAUUACGUACUGCAUGUACAUUUUUUAUAUUUCUGUGUUAAUAGUUUUAGCACAAUUAGUUAAAGAUGUAGCAUAGGGAUGGAAAAGCUUUAACUUUAGUUUAUAGUGCUGUAAUUUUGUUGAUGAGAAGAAUAAAUGAUAUAAAAUCGUUUGGGUGCAAUUUUGUUAACGUACGUUCGAAGAUUUUAAUGAAACUCGUUCAGAAUUAGAAUAGGAUAGUACAUUCAUCAGCAUAUUAACAUACCAAAUUUAAUGCAAAUUCGCAUCUAUUGCCGCCAAAUAGAUGUGAAUUUGCGUAACUCGACGUGCGGCUGACUGUAAGUGUACAAAAUGUUGAGAUUUCUAAUAAAACAAGUUUGUUGAUCCAAAAAAUUAUUUAUAUAAUGUUGUAUUUAAAAUGUUUUAUCGACAUCACACAGUUAUUCACAAUCCAUUAGAGUCUAUAAUUGUACAGUUAUAACUAAGAAUAAUAAAUUCGAAAGUAAUGUCUCAUUGGAGAUCUCUAAAUGAUGAGUUUCAUACCUACAGUGUAUGUGUGUGAGUACAGUCAACUACAAAGAUGAUCUUUGUACAGAAAAAUCGCAAACAGAAUGUAUUUGUUUAGCGACUUUUAUCAUCGACUGUACAAUUGAAAAGAAAACUGUCUACAGCCUCAAUUAAUUAUAACAAUACAUUGAAAAAGAUUCACAUUACUGAUAUCUUGUACACCAAAGGAAUUAUUUACAGUCUUAUAGCUAACAAGCCCUGUUUUAUGAAAAUAAAUACAGUACAUCUAA